CACAAACAUUAAUCACAAACAUUAGGAAGCAAUUACUGAUUAUCGCCACAAUAAAACUCCCACAUGAGUCACUCAAGGAUAAUUUUGGUGCUCGUUCAUUACCCACGAGACUGCUGUAUGCUUGUAUGAGAAAGAAGAGGGGAUCGAUUCUCUCGGUUUCACAGAGCUGUACUGUCGAUGGCGUCACAGGCGUUAAACAUGGGGGGGAUUCUCAGAAAUCCGUUUCUGGGAAGUCAGACGAGAUGAACAAGCCAAACCCUGCAGUGUUUCGCUUCUUGUUCAGUUUUCGAGAACCAUGUCUGCUCCGCGUUAUUGACUCGUGUAUUUUGUUAAAAAAAAUUAUUCAAGCCGCGCGCACCUCUAUGACAGACGCAGAUAGACUCACAACGUUAGUUUACAACAUUUCUAUGAUUGAGAAAUAUCACUGAGCUAUUUGUCAUCGCUUGAGGACGGUGAAAUUAUUUUUGAAGCUUGAGUAAAACCUCAGCAACAAAGAAACUUAUAGGAAUCCGUCAGCCAUCAAAUCUGAUAUCUUCACAAUGAUUCUGUGUGUUCAAGGCCCAAGAGCUCAUUUGCCCGAUACCUCAGAUCCGAUGGUCCGCUUUCCGGUGGUGACCUUCUCUCAUCCUCGAUGUAUCCACGCUACCGUUACGUUAUGGGAACCUAGUAAAGAUUUGAGAGCCAUCACCAACAAUUUCUCCUAUUUGGAUGCCACAGGAUGGUACUGGGGUGCCAUCUCUGCCAGCGAGGCCCACUCUGUCCUACAGGGGGCAUCGGAGGGUACCUUUCUGGUACGGGACAGUAGCCAUCCUCUCUAUAUGUUGACACUGUCUGUUAAAACCUGCCGCGGGCCCACGAACGUUCGUAUUGAGUAUAGUCUUGGACGUUUCCGUCUAGACUCCAGUUCCCCAACCAAAUCUCGCCUGCAGUCCUUCCCUGACGUACCCAGUCUUGUUCAACACUAUGUGGGCUCCAGGACCGAGAAGCAGUGGGAAAAGAAUGAUGAGUCCAAUCCUGUAGCUUCAUCAACACCCAAGGAGUGUGCGGUGUUGCUAAAACUCAAAAGACCGAUCCACUGUCCUCAGGCCUUUCCUUCUUUGCAACAUCUUACACGCUUGGUCAUCAACAGACAUGCUACCUGCACUGAGAGCCUGCCUCUACCAAGACCGUUACUCCAGUAUCUACAGGAUUACCCAUUCCAGCUCUGAUAUUGCCAUGGAAAUGCACACCAUGGCCAAUCACAUGAGAUGGAUGUUGUUGUUCUUAUUAAGGAGGCAAACAGGGCCUGUAGGUUUAAACAAGAAUGUUUGGCCCCAAAGAGACAGAGGUUUGGAUCAAAAGCAGUGUUAUCCACUUGAAGAGCUGACUAUUUCAAUGAUCAGCAAGUCUAUCUCGAUAGAUGGGUACUUUGUUUAUAACCAAGGGUGAUUGAACCAAGCCAUAUCCAAAUAUUGACUCAUGAAGAGGCAAGUCAUGAAUCAACUUUGAUGUCAUGCUGCUAAAGAUGUGAGUGGUUAGACCACAGGCUUGGGGUUUAUGAUAAAUUUAAUGUUUGUGAAAAUUUGGUGAGGGUCAAAUGACCCCUUUAGUAACUGUUCUAAAUGAGAACACGCAGCUUGUCUGAAACUGAGAGCUCUCGUUAACCGCCAGCGCUUGGUCUUCAGCUCUCUUAAGGCAAGCUUCACUGCACUGCCUUGAAAGUGAAAUGUUUUUGACUAUUUUAAUCAUUAAGAUUUACAUAUUUUUUUCUAUUCCCACAAUGUGGAGUUUGUAUGUAUUUAUGGAUAAAAUCCUUACAUUUUAUAAUAAAACUGACAAUCAUGUUACAUGAAGUUCUGAUGUUUUAUCCUGGAUUUUUUUU